AUGUCGUUUGGUUCACCAUAUCAAAAGGCCAACGAAUCAUGUGACACAUGUACUCACACAGACUGCUGGCAGUUUAAGGACAUGCAUAAGGGAAGGGAUCAGGUGCGGCAUCUUGUUGGGAUCGGUUUCAUUAAGCUUGGAAUUGUGUAUACAAUCACCUUUGCUUUAAGCAUCCGUCGCUCAAUACUGUAUUUCUUGAUUACAGGGCAAUUAGAAAAUCAAAUUGCUAUCACAAUGAUGGGCACGGCUGGAUCCUUUGGCACUGACGAAACUCCGGGGAACCUCUUGGCAGGCUUUGGUUUUUAUGAGCCAUAUUGGCUUAUAGACUUUGCUAAUGCAUGCAUUGCUGUUCAGCUUUGCGGAGGAUAUCAGGUGCUCACCCAGCCAUUCGUGCGUACAGCGGGCGUGCGUGCACGACAUUUACCAGCUUUGAGAUUAAGCUUCUUGAGGGUGAUCUUUCGAACAACCUAUGUUGUUGUGAUCACUGGGAUUGCCCUAGCGUUCCCUUACUUCAACCAGGUUGUGGGAGUUUCAGGAGCCAUUAAUUUCUGGCCUAUAGUUGUGUACUUCCCUGUGCAGAUGUUCCAUCAAAGCUCUUAUUGCUGCCAGGUUCAACCACCCUUGAUGACCGAGACAAGUCCCAGAAACGUCCUUUAG